UAUAAUCCAGGAUUGUGGAAAUAAUACAGCUUCGCAAAUUUGUCUAUUUUCGUCAAGGUGUUUCGAAAAAUUCUAGAAUUUUCUCGAUGAUUUAUAAGAGAAACCCUAAAAGCUGUAAGACAAUCAAGCCUUACUUUUCGACGAAUGGCAAUCGUGUUGCGAAAAAAAAUUACGUGACAGCCCAAAAUUCUAGUGUUUUCUAGUAUAGCAAAGAAAAAGCAGAAUAAAUAAAAUACUCAGUAUCAUUGAGGGUAAACCAAAAUAUACUCGGUUUAUGACUUUUCUACACUCCAUUUAAAAUAAUAUAUAAGGAGGUGAUGAAGUCCACUGAAUUGAGGUUUUUUUUCUUUAAUUUCUAUAAGAAACAAUUCAUCUUACUUUGCUAUAUUAUAAUAUCAAUAAUUCACAAUCAUAAAAGGUUUUAAUAUUAUUAAUUAUGUCAGGAUUAUUCUAUUCACCAUUUUGGGAUUUUGUCGACUCAAUUGAUGAUAACUUGAGUCAAUUCAAUCGUUCAUUACAAUCUUCCGGUUUAAAUCGUCACCCAAGUAAUCAAAAACAAAACAGACAACUUCAAUCGAGAAAUGAUAAAAAACAAAUCACUAAAUCAAAGUCAGGAAAUAAUUCAUUAAUUUCAAAUUUUUUUGGAUCUGAAGAUGAUGAUUUAUUCAAUUCAUUUAGUUUUAUUCCUCCUGUUGAUUUAUUGAAUCAUGAAAAGGAUUAUGAGUUGCAUGUUUCAAUUCCAGAUGAUGAAAACAUCAAAGCAAAUUAUAAGGAUGGUGUUUUGGUUCUUAAUAUUCCAAAAUUAGGCAAAAAGGAAAGUGAAAACAUCCGUCGUAUUACUAUUAAUUAAAUCAAUUUAUGAUGGUCUUUAAUAACAUUUUCUUUUUUUUU